UAAGCAAAAGAUAGGAUUUUUAUUAAUGAUUAUAGACAUUCGUGUAUGAAUAUUGUAAUUUUUUGAGUGCUUAUAUAAUGUGUAGUGACUUCAAAACAACAUUUUAAAAUUGACGUUUACAAUUUGGGAAAUGGCACAUAGAAUCAGAAGACAUAUAUUACAUUUGUAUAUAGAUCUGUGCUAAAAUACGCGUGGAUCGGAUAACUGUCCUGACGACGAUGUGGCUAUGACAAACAUGUGACAAAUCAAGAAGACUAAAAUGGCAUCUGGAGGUUCAGAAAAUCGGAUAAAUCUAUUCCGUUUGCAAAUUCUAAUAAUAGAUGGAGGCCUGCUUGUAUUGAGAAGUAUACAUGAUCAGACCAUAACUGCCAAAGGCCUAACUCUAAGGGCAUGUCUUAAUAAUGAAAGGAAAACAAUUACACGAUUGCAUGGCCGCAACGUUAUCACCCAGGAUCAAUAUGACAUUUUGUUUCCAGCGAGGGGUCAAGACCCAACUACGGCAAAUAUGGACAUUACGCUUAUCAUUUGCCUUCUUGAAAACCUUAAAUGUUUCGGAUUGAAUAAGAAAUUUAAAUGGAAUGCAACACCUGCAUCAACAGAUUUAUCAGUUGAGGCAGAUAUAUGUCGUUUGAGAAAUUUCCGGAAUCAAAUCUGUCAUAUGUCAACAACUACUGGAAUAGAACAAAAUGAGUUUACAACUUUGUGGAAUGAAAUCGAGCAGAUACUUAUUCGACGAAGCACUCCUGGUCUUAAAAUGCAUCAAACAAUUGCCGAUUUCAAGUCGUGUUCCCUUGAUCUAGAGGAAGAAAGAAGGAUAAAGGAAGAAAUAAAGAAGUGGAAGGACUAUGAAGCAGGUGUUGAUCGGCUGAAACAGGAAAUGGGAGACGUAAAAGAAAAUGUUACAAAAGCAAACACAGACCUUGAUGACGUAAAAAGAAAUGUUAUGACUGUACAGGAAGACCUUGAUGACGUGAAAGAAAAUGUUACUGAAGUUAAGAGUGACCUUGAUGACAUGAAAGAAUAUUUUACUGAAGUAAAGAGUGACAUGAAUGACGUGAAAGAAAAUGUAACUGCAGUGAAAGGUCACCUUGAUGACGUGAAAGAAAAUGUUGCUGAAGUAAAAAGUGACCUUGAUGACGUGAACGAAAGUGUUACUGAAGUGAAGGGUCACCUUGAUGACGUGAAAGAAAAUGUUGCUGAAGUAAAGAGCGACCUUGAUGUCGUAAAAGGAAAUAUUACUGAAGUAAAGGGUGACCUUGAUGACCUGAAAGAAAAUGUUACUGAAGUGAAGAAAGACCUUGAUGUCGUGAAAGAAAAUGUUACUGAAGUAAAGAGUGACCUUGAUGUCAUGCAAGAAAAUGUUACUGAAGUAAGGAUUGGCUUUGUUGACGUAAAAGGAAAUGUAAUAAAAGUACAGAAAGGCCUUGAAGUAUUCAAAAGACGACAACUUACAGAGGGAGGUAGCAGAGAAGACUUUCCAAUACAGACAGAGGAGGAAAAAUAUCACACUAGCAAGAACGAAUCUUGGGAUAGAUGUAUUGAAAGAAAAAGUGAAUCCGAUGCAAACAUAUUACUAGAAAGGGAGAUUUAUCCGUUUAAAGGUGAACUGAACAAGGCAUGUCACGUAUUUGGAAGGGAUUCAAAACUCAUUUCACAUAUCUGCAAUACGAUUAGUCAACACAUAAAGAAGCAAUAUAAGAAUGUAAUCGACGUACUUCCGUCUUACAAAGAAAAAUUUGAAUCUAUUAUUUUUCUAGUUAUUGUAAAAAAGAAAUCUACAUUUUCCGUUUUCAAAGAUUAUGAAUACUGUAUUAGAUGUGAAAAUGAUGUCAGUACUGAGGGUGACCUUGUUGCUAAAUAUGAAACAAAAGAUGAAACAAUGAGUCAGUUCGAUAAUGAGACUUUUGAAAAACUUAGAAAAUGCAUAAACGAUAAUGCUAAAGACAUUCUCGAAAGACAUAGUAACAUUAAUGUGAUUUUGCCAAGCUUUGUUAAGUCCGUUGGAUACGAGACAGGCCAACAUAACAUCAAACAAGUACCUUGUAUAGCUUUAUAUGUAACAGUGAAAGGGUGUAUACCUCUAAACGAGACACCUUUUGAAAAGAAUGUCAAUGGUUUCCCAACAGAUGUUUUGGAGGGAAAAUUCGAACCAUUUAUGAAUGGACCAAACGAGUACCAUGAACAUCUUAAGAUUGGUCUAGCAAUACAUGCUAACGUUUUAAGCACAAAUGGUGUUUUAGGGGGUACUCUUGGGGGAUUUAUUGACCAUUCAACGCAUGGGUUAUGUGGAAUAACCUGUGCACACGUUGUUUAUAGUCCUGCUGAGCUUAUGGAAAUGAAAGACAAAAGACAAUGUUGUUUGAGAAAGAAGGUUUAUCAGCCUAUUGGUAAACGUUCGUCGGCGUUUGGUGAAGUUGUUCAAGCUUUUUACGACAUAGGAGGUUCUUGUACAUCUGGAAUGGAAGUUGCACUCAUAAGCAUACAAAAAAGACAACCAAAAAGUGGAAGCUUUCCUGAGACAUUUACAGAUUUUGAAGCAGGGUUUGAUGCAAGGAAUCCAUUAUGUUUCAAUUCUGGUGCAGUUUGUGAAACAUCUGAAAUAAAACGGAGGACUGAAGUGUACAAGUUUGGCAUGAUUUCCGGAAUCACAAGAGGAAGCUUUGCCUUACAGGGCGCAGUAGUGCGUAAAAGUCAAAUGCAAGGAGAUUGUCAUGGCUUUAGUUUUAACCUAAUGAAUCAACUGCUAGUUCUUCAGAUAGGAGAGAAACCGUUUGCAGAACACGGAGAUUCUGGCGCAUUGGUAUUGACUGAAGGAGGACAGGAUUCAAUUGCUAUUGGUAUUGUUGCAGGAGGUAUGAAUAGUCGCCGCGUGUUUGUCACGCCAAUAUGUGAUAUUCUAAGAGCUUUUGGUUGUACCGAAUCAAAAAUGCACCGAUUCAUACCGAAAUGUACACAGCUUUCGCCGGACGACAAUGGAGAAGACAUGGAAAAAUAAAUAUGUUAAAUGCUUUUCUUUUUACUAUAAUUCUGAUUUCGCCGUACCUUCUUUCCGACGGCCCAACGUAACUCAAACUUGGAAACAUUAUUAAGACCAGAUGGUAAAGUUUGAUAAAUAAGGAGGUUGUGUUAUAUCUUUUUUGAGAUAUGUGUUUUAAUAUAAAUUUAUCUUGCAUAUUUUUGUUUUAUGUCAAUCUUAAACAAUUAAUGCAGACAUACUUUAAUGUAUAAUUUAUCUAUUAAUCAAUACUAACUUGACUUUCUGACCUAAGUUUCUUGUCUUAUUUAUUUCACUGUGUACUUGAAUAUUUUUAUGUCUACUGUUGUGACAUUUUACAUUAAUGUGUCAAGCUUAAAUUAUCUUUAAAAUUGAAUCUACAAAUUAAAAUGCAAAUUUAAUAUAUUCUGCUUAAAGGUAAAUAUAACAGAGGUGAUUACAAUACUUCUUGUAUGGUCAAGGGAGUUUAGGCCCUUAGGAAAUAUUAGUCAGAUAUGCCAUCAUAUAUCCGUUGAAUAUGUUAUUGUUUAAUUUCAUUUUUCUUUUCAAAUGUGUCAAUAUCUUCCUUAAUAAAUAAAUCUGUUUAACGUGCUUGUAUUAUAAACUGAACAGGGAAUAUUCUAUCAUGACUGUCUCAGAAUAAAGUACUUUUGUUUUCAAAUUUAAAUCUUGAAACAGGUAUGUUAAAAUAAUUUAUCUUUCUGUCUUAUAUUUACCAUUUUUUCAUUAAAAUAAAUGUUUUUAUUUAACUUAAACAGUUUCUCUCAAGUAUUGGU